AUGACAGGUUUCGCAGAGACAUAUUAUACGCUCUUGAUACAUUAUCAUGAAGUCAAUCUUUCAGUAUAUUGUGGUUAUUUGGCAUAUUACGGCCAGAUUGUAUCGUCAGCAUGUAUCACUUUGGCCACAACAUAUGAAAACUAUUAUGUUGAGAACUUUGAAGACACGGUGGCAAAAUACUUUAUCUAUUAUCGUCGCCUUUAUUACCCUGGUUUCAAUGUUGGCCCUAUCAAAGACCUUGUUUAUAAUGAGCUCCUUGAUUACAUUUUUCUUCAGCCAGCCGGCCAACUUAUGGUCAUGGAAGACCUGGCCCAUUUUGUCGUCAAUCACAAAGCGCCACAGCGAAUGUGGUUGUCUCCCCUCGAUGGGAGACUUAAAGAUUCUACAGGAAAAUACGAUUUUUGUAGUCAUUCUAUCCGCCGUUCAUCGACAGCCUUUUUCGAGGGCAGAACGCUUAGUAUACUUGGUCCCGAAUUGAAUGCUUUUCUGUCUUUUGACAAACUUAUGCAAGGUACAACAAGCGUUGCAGGCUUCUUACAAUUUCAUUAA